ACUAACAAACCUCGUGAUAAUUACUAUCGUGGCUGUUUCUACAGCCUCAUUUUGCUAUGGUGCGUGAGGUGGGUGCUGCGUGCGGAACGCGGAACCGUGCGGCACGAGCUCCGGCACGGUAGGCUAUCAGCAUAUCGGAAUACGAACAGUAUCCUACCACAUCUAGCAUAAACAGAACGCGUUAAAGAAGCUUAGAUAGUCACUUUUAAGGUACUGCAAUAAUUUUCUAGUGUUAAAGUUACCAUGAAGCGUAAAUCGAACUGGAACAACGAUCCGCCGGCGAGCAGCAAGACCAGCAGACCUGCGAAACGUCAUCGGAGACCCACUCAAAUAUUCGAUCAAGGCGUCAAUCGCGCUCCUCCCACUCCACCGUCAACAGUAAGGCGUCUCGUACGCUUGCGAGAACCGACUCCGCCGCAAAAUCAAGAUGCGCCAAGCCCGCUGGAGGCGGCGCUGUUCGUGGCGGAGGAUGAGGAUGUGGAGGAGCAGGCGGCCGACGCUGGGUCAGACGAUGACAACGAGGUGGAUGAGCAGGUUGAGAAUGCGUUAGCUGCUGCCACCGCUGUAGAGGACGUUACUGCGGACUCACAUGGUGAAGCUACUGCAGUGUCCGCUCAAUCAAGCCAGGCACAGCGUCCAGAGUCAGAACGAAUCGACGAGGAGCCGCACCUGCAUUGGAACUAUCGCGCUUGGUGGACGCUAGGGAAGAAUCCAAUUCCUCAAGCAGCUGUUGCGAAGCGUAAUAAGCCGCUAUACACGGUUGAUGAGGACAGGGUGUGGCAAUGGGCGGAUGGUGUCGUAGAUAAGCAGCUGCCGCGAGUAGCGAUCAUUGACAGCUUAACAGCAACGCUCUACUAUACCAGUGGCCGCCAAGCCAAAUCUGAUAGGUGUACUAUAGCACUACAGCGACAGCAAAAUGCUGCUGGGCGAAGUGUUGUAGGAAAUUGGUUUGAUUUUGAAGAGGAGCUGGCUGAAAUGGAUAAAGAGAGCAGCCAGAUAAUGACCUGUGACUUCGAUUUAGUGUUGAGAGAGCAGCAGAUGCCUCAGCCAUCAACUCAGCCGGCAUCUCAACUAGCUCGAAGUGCUCGUCGGCCAGGCAUUGUUACUGCGAUUAUGGAAGAGGGUCUUGCUGGUGUUGUUACCAACGAGCGCUUUGCUACUGGUAACGCCAUUGGUAUAAGAGACCACUGGAGAUGUCAGAACGAGCGCUGUUCGAACAACCCAGGCGUUUGCUGGGUGCGCUUGCCGCCAGGUCGUCAAGUUGAGCGAGUUGGCGAUCACUAUCCUCUCAACGGCAACAGCGUCUCCAACUGGGCGAGCGCUAUCACGCGGCAGGAGUGUACUGUAGAAGAGCCAUCGCAGGACCUCCAGCUGCAGUUCAUUAUGUCGAAAGACCGCGUCGAACGAGAGAACAAGCGGCGGAGGAAGUCAUCUCCAGCGUCGUCAGGCUCAAACUCUAGCAUCGACAAGCUUACAAAGGCGAUACUUGUCGGCCAUCUUGCUCAGUUGAAGCAGCCACAGCAGCAGCAGUGUCAACAUCAAUUGGAGCAUGAGUAUCAUCAGCCGCGAGUAUGGCGAGACUUCGAUUGUACUCACCGCGAGCUGGAGCAGCAUACUCACAACUUCUUCGAUUACUGGCUCGCCUCAUCCCUACACCAGGUGGAUGCGAUAAAGGAGAUCAAGAAGCUCGUUGUCACAAACCACCAGUACAAUAUCAACAUGCUAAUGGACAACGAAGACGGCAUGUCGUUCUUAACGUGGGUUAAGCACUUCAAGCAAAUCCCUGUAAUGCAUGCGCAUAUGCGGAGGAAGGCGCAUGAAUAGAGAAGAAGCUAUGCUGGUUUAACACUAACAAAUCAACAGAUUAUUAGAGAGUGUGAAACAGAUAGUGAACUAAGCGGUAGUCCUUAUCCAGAGAAUCAGGUGCAGCGACUACGUGAGCAGCGAGAGCAAGAAGAGAGGAUG